UGCGAUGAGGGGGCUCCGGGGGGCUCCCCCAAAACCGGGGCGGUGCUGGGGCUCCUGCCCACCAAGAGGCCCCGACCUUCCACCCCGGAAGAGCGGGGGCUGGACGUGCUCAGCGACAGACCGAACUCUGCACGUGCUCAGGGGCACUCAUUCCUUCGUCACUCUUCCUUACGCGUGCCAAGAGUAAGCCCUGAUAUAAGCCUUGAGCCCUGGCUCCCAAAAAGAAAGGAGAAAAGAAAGGCGGCAAGAAGAAAGGUGCAAAAAGCCCUGUGGUGGAUGCUGUCUCCCCGGAGGGCAUGACCAAAGAGCAGCUGGAGGAACACAUGGGCCGCAUUCGGGAGGAACUGGACCGUGAGCGGGAAGAACGCAACUACUUCCAGCUGGAGCGAGACAAAAUCCACACCUUCUGGGAGAUCACUCGGCGGCAGCUGGAUGAGAAGAAGGCUGAACUGCGCAACAAGGACCGCGAGAUGGAGGAAGCUGAAGAGCGUCACCAGGUGGAAAUCAAGGUUUACAAGCAGAAGGUGAAGCACCUGCUGUACGAACACCAGAACAACAUCACAGAGCUGAAGGCAGAGAGCACGGUGUCUAUGAAGCUGGCCCAGAAGGAUCACCGGUCCCAGGAGAUGGAGCUGCGUAAAGACAUGCGCACCUUGAAAGUGGAGCUGAAGGAGCAGGAGCUGUCCAACGAGAUGGUGGUGAAGAACCUUCGGCUGAAACAACAAGAAGACAUAACACGAUUGCGCAAUGACUUUGAGAGGCAGGUGAAAGAGAUCGAGGCCAAGUAUGAGAAGAAGAUGCGGGUCCUACGCGACGAGCUAGACCUGCGCAGGAAGACUGAAAUCCAUGAGAUUGAGGAGAGGAAGAAUGGACAGAUCAACACACUGAUGAAGAAUCAUGAGAAGGCUUUCAGCGACAUCAAGAACUACUACAACGAUGUCACUCUUAAUAACCUGGCACUUAUCAACACCCUCAAGGAGCAGAUGGAGGAGAUGAAGAAGAGGGAGGAGCAUCUGGAGAAGGAGAUGGCUGAAGUGCUGCUGCAAAACAAAAGGCUGGUGGAGCCACUGCAACGAGCCCGUGAAGAGGUGGCGGAGCUGCUGAAGAAACUGGCGCACUAUGAAAAGGACAAGGCCAUGUUGCAUCACACACGUGCCCGUUUGAAAGCCACCGAGAAGGAAUUAAAGGAUCUCCAGUGGGAACAUGAAGUGCUACAGCAAAGGUUCAUCAGGGUGCAGGACGAGCGAGAUGAGCUGUACCAGAAAUUCACCAAAGCCAUUAACGAGGUGCAGCAGAAAACUGGCUUUAAGAACUUGUUGCUGGAGCGGAAGCUUCUCGGCCUCUCCAACAUCCUGGAGAAGAAAGAGGUGCAGCUCAACGAGGUCCUGGCUGCCACCAACCUUGAUCCCGGUGCUCUCAGUGUGGUCACCCGCAAGCUGGAGGAUGUGCUGGAUUCGAAAAACAAUGCCAUCAAGGACCUGCAGUAUGAGCUAGCCAGAGUGUGCAAGGCCCACAAUGACUUGUUGCGGACGUACGAGGCCAAGCUCACAGCCUUUGGGAUCCCUUUGGACAAUUUGGGCUUCAAGCCCCUGGAGACCUCCGUCAUCGGCCACACGCUGGGCCAGGGCCCUGCUGGGUUUGUCUCAACCCCCACGUAGCACAGCCUGACAUCAUACUUUGGAAUGCCUUCAGCCUAAGCCUUGUGUGCAAGCAAGCCACUGUCCCGCUCCUGCUGUGGCCGUAGAGGGGAGGGAGGAAGAGAGCAGGCCCCUGGAAAGAGAUUGAAUCUGCUCCAGCCCUCAUUUGUAUUAAAGAGGCCCUGUGGUGGGCUAUUCGGUCUCACUCUCUGCAAAGCCUCCCUUUUUCUUUCCUGCCGACAUCAAGGCAGAGCUUGGGGACUUGAAAACCAUCCUCUUCUUGAUUAAUGAGCCCCUGAACUACUUAAUCCCACCUUAUCUAGAGCCUCCAAAGUCCUCCACACCUCCUGUUCCCCAGUGGCCAAGCAGAUGCCUCUGAGAAGCCGACAAUCAGGACGUGAGUGCAGCAGCCCUCUCCCCACUCAUGUUCCCCAGCAACUGAGGGAAGCC